AUCGUGACCGUUCCGCUCGAUGGAGUGCACUUUGGAGUCUGGUGUAGUCUGAUUAUUCAGAUGCGGCUUGUGUACACUUAGCAAAGCUAGCUAAAUUAGCUAGCCGUCAAGAGAGAAGAAAAAAAAAGUUGCGGUUAUUGUGCACUUCUGGUUCAAAUGGAUCCCAAUCGGAUUAUUCAGGCUUUAAAGGGGACUAUAGACCCGAAUCUUAGAAUAGCGGCUGAAAAUGAGCUCAAUCAGUCUUACAAGAUCAUCAACUUUGCUCCGACUCUGCUGCAAAUCAUUGUGUCCGAGCAGGUGGAAUUUCCUGUACGGCAGGCAGCUGCCAUCUACCUGAAGAACAUGGUGAGUCAGUACUGGCAGGACCGUGAGCCGUCUGUAGGCGAGGUUAUGUUCCCUUUCAACAUCCACGAGAACGACCGCAGCCAGAUCCGAGAGAACAUGGUGGAGGCCAUCAUCCGGUGUCCGGAGUCCGUACGGGCCCAGCUCACAGUCUGCUUGCGCACCAUCAUAAAGCACGAUUUCCCCGGCCGCUGGACUGGCAUCGUCGACAAGAUCAGCCUUUUCCUGCAGUCUCAGAACAGCGGGAGCUGGUACGGGAGUCUUCUUGCGCUCUACCAACUCGUCAAAAGCUACGAAUUUCGGAAGGCAGAGGAGAGGGUCCCCCUGCUGGCUGCCAUGCAGCUCUUCCUGCCCAGGAUCCAACAGCUCAUUGCUCAGCUGAUGCCCGACGCCACGGUUUUCUCCGUCCUUAUCCAGAAACAGAUCCUCAAGAUAUUCCAUGCACUCGUGCAGUAUUCCCUGCCUUUACAGCUACUCAGUAACACAGUCAUGACCCAGUGGAUGGAGAUCCUGAGAGCGGUUGUGGAUCGAGACGUCCCUCCUGAGACUCUGGAGGUGGACGAAGACGAUCGGCCCGAGUUAGUGUGGUGGAAGUGUAAGAAAUGGGCUCUUCAUAUUAUCACCAGGAUGUUCGAGAGGUACGGGAGCCCGGGCAACGUGACCAAGGAGUAUUACGAGUUUGCAGAUUUUUUCUUAAAGACGUACGCUGUUGGGAUACAACAGGUUUUGUUAAAGGUGAUUGACCAGCACAGGCAGAAGCAGUUUGUGAGUCCACGUGUGCUCCAGCAAGCUCUGAACUACCUGACACGGAGCAUCUCUCACGCCAUCACAUGGAAACAGAUGAAGCCACACAUACUGACAAUAACUCAGGCGGUGGUGUUCCCUCUGAUGUGCUAUAAAGACGAAGAUGAGAAGCUGUGGCAGGAAGACCCAUACGAGUACAUCCGCAUGAAAUUCAAUAUGUACGAUGACCACGUUUUUCCAGCCACUGCGGCUCAGACUCUGCUGUGCAAAGCUUCCAGAAAGAGGAAGGAGGUCCUUCCCAAGAUGAUGGAGUUCUGCCAUCAGAUUUUGAUGAACCCCAGCGCCGACCCACGCAGGACAGAUGGGGCGCUGCACGUCAUCGGGGCUCUGUCUGAUCCGUUGUUAAAGAAGCAGAUCUACAGAGAUCAGAUGGAGCUCGUGUUACAGAACUAUGUGUUUCCUUUACUUAACUCCAACCUCAGCUACCUGCGUGCCAGGUCCUGUUGGGUUCUGCACUGCUUCAGCUCAUUAAAGUUCCACAACGAGUUGGUCCUGAGGAACGCAGUGGAACUCGUCAAACAAGACCUCAUCAAUGACCAGGAGAUGCCCGUCAAAGUCGAGGCGGCUAUCGCGCUGCAGACUCUGGUCAGCAACCAGGAGCAAGCUAAGAUCUACUUAAGGCCCUUCAUCAGGCCUGUGAUGCAGGAGCUGCUGCACGUCAUUAAAGAGACUGAGAACGACGACUUGACGAGCGUGAUCCAGAAAAUGAUCUGCGAAUACAAUCAGGAGGUCGCAGUGAUCGCUGUAGAUAUGACCCAAAACCUGGCGGAGAUCUUCAGUAAGGUUCUGCAGAGUGAGGAGUACGAGGAGAGUGAAGAUAAGACUGUGAUGGCACUGGGGAUCCUCAGCACCAUAGAUACAAUCCUCACUGUCAUGGAGGACCACAAAGAGAUCACUCAGCAGCUGGAGGGGAUUUGCCUGCAGGUGAUCGGCCUUGUGCUCCAGAAGCCCAUCAUAGGUAUGGCAGAGUUCUAUGAAGAGAUUUUGUCGCUGGCGUUUGGUCUCACCUGCCAGACCAUCUCUCCCCAGAUGUGGCAGCUGCUGGGCGUCCUUUACGACGUCUUCCAGCACGACUGCUUUGACUAUUUCACGGAUAUGAUGCCUCUCCUACACAAUUAUGUAACUGUAGACACAGACACGCUUCUGUCCAAUCCCAAACACAUGGAGGUCAUUUACACCAUGUGCAAAAAGGUCCUAACGAGCGAUGCAGGGGAAGAUGCAGAAUGCCACGCCGCUAAGCUGCUGGAGGUCAUCAUCUUACAGUGCCGGGGUCGGGGCAUUGACCAGUGCAUCCCGCUGUUUGUGGAAGCGGUGUUGGAGCGGCUGACGCGUGGGGUAAAGUCUACAGAGCUGCGCACCAUGUGUCUUCAGGUGGCCAUUGCUGCUUUGUACUACAGUCCUUCACUGUUGAUACACACACUGGAGAACAUGCGCUUCGCCCACAGCCCUGAGCCAAUCACAGCACAGUUUAUCAACCAGUGGAUGAACGACACAGAGUUUUUCCUUGGGCUGCACGAUCGAAAGAUGUGCAUCAUCGGCCUGAGUCUGCUGAUGGAUUUGUCCAGCCGGCCGGCGGUGUUAGAAGGCGUGGCCAGCCAGAUCAUCCCCUCUAUCCUGCUCCUGUUCCUGGGCAUCAAGCACAUCUACACCUCGCGAGUGCUGAACAAACCCGAGCAGUUCUCCAGAACACAAGGCACUGAGGAGGACGAGAACGAGGAGAUUCCAAGUGAUGAGGAUGAAGCAGGGGAGAAGAUCUCCAGCAUGCAGCCAUCCAGUGCUCCCAGUGCCAAUGAUGAUGAGGACGAUGAUGAUGAUGAUGACGACGAAGACUACUGGGAUGAGGAUGGAUUUGAGGGCACAGCGCUGGAGGAGUACAGCACACCGCUGGACUACGACAACGGAGAGGACGAAUAUCAGUUCUUUUCCGCCGCCCUGCUUCGCGUUCAGAGCUCAGACGCAGGCUGGUAUCAGAUGCUAACGCAAUCUCUGAGUGACGAACAGAAGAAGCAGCUGCAGGAGAUCUACAGUCUGUCCCAGCAGAGGAGGAACGCAGCAGGAAAAGGCCUGUGAGAUCGGAUCCGCGUAGGAGGCACCAGAGCGCUUGGACGAUUGUGAGUUUUGGAUCUGCAACGGUUUUAACUCUACAACUAGCGUCCUAACUUAACAAGGACACGAUCAGCGCAACACAACGAGCCGGAGCUUCAAGAGUCCUUUCAGCCAGGACUUCAAAGUGGUUCUACAGAUUCAGAACCCCUGAAGGACCACUGGGGCACUUGGAUGAGAGAGAGAGAGAGAGAGAGAGAGAGACCUUGUCCUAAUAUACCCUGAUUCACUAGUGUGAAAGUGAAUGAGUGUGUGUCUGUGUGUGUGCGAGAGUGUGAUAGUUGGAGAAGUAAGUGUGGGUGACAAUCGUGUGUAUGAGCACCUAAACUCUAUCUGUAUUAUUUCCUGGACUUUGUCACUUCCCCUCCGUCAGCUCUGCAUCACACUCUGAGCAUCUACUCUGAGAGUGUUCCACGAGGUGUUUUGCUACAAGACAGAUACACACACACACACACACACACACAAACGUGUGACAUCAGUGUUUUUCCAAGUUUGUUCAUCUGAAGACUGUGCUUUAUAUUUGUUACAUGUUUGUACGUCCGACUUUAUUUCUUUCUUUCAUUUCUUUUGUAUUAGUAAGUUUUGAGAAUUAACUUAAGUCAUAAAAUGGAUUCUGACACCA